AUGCUUGAAAUAAAAGGAGUUAAUGAAGAGGCCUUCAAACACCUCAUCAAAAUUCCACCAAGAUUCUGGAGCAAAUCAAGGUUUCAGCCAAGUUCAUGUUAUGACACUUUGGUUAACAAUAUGUCAGAGGCCUUCAAUUUUGUAUUUGUGGCUGCUAGAUCCAAGCCCAUUAUGACAAUGCUGGAAAAAAUUAGAGUAUACAUAAUGCAGAUAUGGGAAUCCAAUAGGCAUGCAGGUGAAUAUGACUAUGAGGUGAGGCAUACUUCACUCAAUGGAGAAAAAUAUGUUGUUAACCUUUACAAGAAAGAAUGCUCAUGUAGACUAUGGGUGCUGACUGGACUUCCUUGCUGUCAUGCAAUGUCUUGCAUGAAAGAUCAACAUUUGGAGAUUAAUGACUUUGUACCUGAUUGUUACAAGAAGGAACAAUAUGCUGCUUGCUAUGCACAUGUGAUAUAUCCACUUAAUGGGGAAGCCUUAGUGUUGUUGAUCUUCAGCCACCACCAAUAA